GGCUCGCCCGCAGGUGUGACCUCAGCCUUUUCUGAGUGUUUCUGAAAUAACUCUGAUAUCUUUAAAAAGCGGUUCUGAGAACCUCGGAGUGGGGGCUCUGACGGUAGAACUUAGAAGGCCUGGGGGCCCUGUGUGCUCAGGGGCGUGCGGGGACCUGUGACGGGCCCAAGGCAGGAGUAGGGGGAGAAAAAGCCAGGGCCCUGGUGCGUGCGAGAUGGGGAAGGGAGGAGGAAGGUGUCCAAGGGACUGUUCACGGAGAGAGAGGGAGUCGGCUCCCUGGUUACCUGGCGAGCGGUGUGGUUGAGGCGUGUGACCCUGUGGUGGCAUGGACUGUGGCGACUAGAGUCCACAUCUUGCCUCCCUUGCUUCUCCCAAAUGUGAAGCUUGGCUCUUCCCUGCCUGCCCACCCACCACGUACCCAUGGCCACGUUCUAGGUGGGGCGCUCUAAGGGGAAAGCUCCCGCCAAGGUCAUCGAGGAUCGGCCCGGGGAACCUGGCGUCUGUGCUGUGGUUCCAGGCUGGGCUGGGCGCUUUCUGUCCCGUUUGCUGGAGGUGGCAGUGGUGGCCGUGCUUAGGGUCAUGCACGGAUGCUCUCCUGAGAUGCAACAGUGGAAUAGCCUUAUUGCACCAACCUUCCUGCCUCUGGAAGUUAGACGCCUGCCUUUCUUGGAAAGACGGACUUCACAUCAGCCAAGACUCUAGUGGCCACUCCCUGGAGGCUUUGUGGACAGCUGGGGGAGGGGGGCGUCCAGUUUGUAGGGAAAGGCUAGUCUGUCUCUGCACAGAGCCUUCUUCCAGGAUAUUCUCUCCUGCUGACGGGGUCAGACGGCAUCUGGAAUGUUGGUGUGGCUUCUGAUGGAGGUCUGAACCUGUUCCAGGAAGAGGGAGAUGGGGCUUGUCAUCCAGGGGCACCUGGGAAGUUCACGGCUGGGCUUCUCAAAGGUUAAAGUGCAUCCGCAUUGCCCAGGGACCUUUAAAAUACAGAGUCUGGUGCUGGGGUGGAGCCUGGGACUCUGCAUUUCUGGCCAGCUCCCAGAGGACAGCUGUGCUGCUGGUGCAGGGGCCCCACUUUGGGGAUGAUGUUUGUAAAGAAUGCAGACUUACCAGUCACCUUCUGAUGGAAUGUUGGGGAGCAUUAGGGGUUCCGGGGGUCUGGCCCUGGCCGCAGGCCAUGGCAGGGAUGUUCCUGGGGAAGAGGGAUCAGCAAAGAAGAUGUACCCUAAGGGACCUCCAGGGAGCACGGGGAGAGCUCAGGUAAGCUCUCGGGCAGGGACUGAGGCCUGCGGUGCCCGAACUGAGGUGGACUGUUCGAGUCCCGGCGUGUGUGGGGAACAGCUAUCUGCUACCAGGCUCAGAACAAGCCUGAGCUGGAUGCGGGGUGAAUCCCAGCUUCUGGGGAAAGUCCAGGAAUCUGGUCGCUGAGCACGUAGAACUCAAUCGUGUGUGAUUCUUGGAAUGACUGGGAAGGGGCCGACAGGCCCAUCAGGAUGGAAGAACUCACCAGAAUUCAUGGUGCUCUGAGGUCGUGAGGCAGAAUCGCAGGUGUUCGGGGCCCAGGCAGCAUGCUGGGUCUGCUCUCGUGCCCCUGAACCUGCGUCUGUACUUGAAUGUGACUUUUUUUCCCUCUUGCAAAAGCUGCGCGUCCUUAAAGCAGACAGAUUAAGACCAACAUCCAGAAUCAUUGAGUAUUAGGAUAUAUAAAGAGAGGAAGGAAAGAAAGGGAAACCUGAGAAACCCUUGGAGACCAUCUGGUCCAACUUCUGUAUUUUCGAGAUGAGGAAAUUGAGGCCUCCCGGCAGAGAGGAAUUGCUUGCUCAAGAUCUCACAGCAAGGCAGCGGCCGCGGCCAGGCACUCGGGCCUCCUGUGCACCUCUCACAUUGUCCGCACGGAGCUACAGAGCGGUAGGGGGUGGGGGAGGGGGGUCCCAGCCUUGGACAGCGAUGUCCUCGGCUGUCGCCAUCUAUCUGGGACCCGCAGCAGAGUUCAGAAAGGUCGGCUGAGCUGGGUUGGUUGCAAGGGCGCCCCUUGCUGACCCGUGGAGACCGUUGCCGCCUCUGUUAGCCUUCCUCUGCCUCCAGUGCCUGUGGUUCAGAACCAGCCAGGACUCGCUGGGAGCCAGCCCGCGGUCACAGGUCUUUGAGUGGAGCCACUUGGAGCUCUGUGCCACACGGUGGCCGAGAUGAACCUCCUUGGUGACCACACAUGCUGCCCCUGGAGUUUUGGUGCCAGUGAACCUGCACCUGGCGGCCGCCAAGCUGGACCAGCUGGAUCGCAGCCACAGAAACCUGGAAUGGUCCCCCCACCGCCAGGAGAGGAAAGCCAGAUUAUCCUCCUUCCGCCUGGCUGGCAGAGUUACUUGUCUCCUCAGGGUCGGCGUUACUAUGUCAACACGACCACCAAUGAGACCACCUGGGAACGCCCCAGCAGUUCUUCUGGGAUUCCAGCCAGCCCUGGCCCUCACAGGAGCUCUCUGCCUCCGACAGUGAAUGGAUACCACGCGGCAGGGACCCCAGCGCACCCUCCCGAGACUGCCCACAUGAGUGUCCGAAAAUCCACCGGUGAUUCCCAGAACCUGGGAUCCUCGUCACCAGGCAAAAAACAGAGCAAGGAGAACACCAUCACAAUAAACUGCGUGACGUUUCCUCAUCCGGACACGAUGCCAGAGCAGCAACUGCUGAAACCUACAGAGUGGAGCUAUUGUGACUACUUCUGGGCUGAUAAGAAGGACCCCCAAGGCAACGGCACCAUGGCUGGGUUUGAACUGCUCCUUCAGAAACAACUAAAGGGCAAACAGAUGCAGAAGGAAAUGUCAGAAUUCAUCCGGGAGAGGAUAAAGAUUGAAGAGGAGUAUGCAAAGAACUUAGCUAAGCUCUCUCAGAACUCCUUGGCUGCACAGGAGGAAGGCUCCCUGGGAGAAGCGUGGGCCCAGGUGAAGAAGAGCCUCGCGGACGAGGCGGAAGUUCACCUCAAGUUCUCCGCCAAGCUUCAUAGCGAGGUCGAGAAGCCCCUGAUGAACUUCCGGGAGAACUUUAAGAAGGACAUGAAAAAGUGUGAACACCACAUCACCGACCUCCGUAAGCAGCUUGCCAGCCGUCACGCCGCAGUGGAGAAGGCCCGGAAGGCCCUCACAGAGAGGCAGAGAGACCUGGAGAUAAAGACCCAGCAGCUGGAGAUCAAGCUGAGCAACAAGACAGAGGAGGAUAUCAAGAAGGCGAGGAGGAAGUCCACGCAGGCUGGAGAUGACCUCAUGCGCUGCGUGGAUCUCUACAACCAGGCCCAGUCCAAGUGGUUUGAAGAGAUGGUGACCACCACACUGGAGCUAGAGCGGCUGGAGGCGGAGAGGGUAGAGAUGAUUCGACAACAUCUAUGCCAGUAUACACAGCUGCGGCACGAGACAGACAUGUUCAACCAAAGCACAGUCGAGCCUGUGGACCAACUGCUUCGGAAAGUGGACCCAGCCAAAGACAGGGAGCUGUGGGUCAGAGAGCACAAGACAGGCAACAUCCGCCCCGUGGACAUGGAGAUUUAGACGGGCAUGCACGGCCCCGGGGGUCCUGCCAAGGAGAGGGGCCGGGGGGUCCCAUGGAGAGCAGGUGGCCAGGGGGCUGCUGCUGAGUGCAGCUGUCCUCCCGCCCACUGUCCGGGUCUGCUGAGCUGGUGAUUCCAGAAAGGCGGCCCCGCCGGGAGCUGCCCGUGUCCCCAGGCCAAGAAGACCGAUCCACAGCCCUGCCCUUGUCUCCGAGGCUGAAGCCCCCCGAUUCCUGUCCUGUGCUUGCUGCUCCGAGAACAGACUGAGGCUGGAACUUUAUGGUCCCUGCUGCACCCUGUAGGGGUCACAUCCCCACCCAGAGCUGGCUGCGUCGCACGCUUGUGUCCCCGGAAGCCCCAAGGCCCUGCCUCCAGCUGUGUGGCGGGCUUUGGAGGGUCAUGGGAGAAAGGUCCCUGUCUCCAACCCAGGACGAGGGUCGGAAUCGUGGAUAGAAGGCACCGUUCAGCUCAACAGCCCGCACCCAGAACCUCUUGCGGCCCGCCCUCUUAGUUUUUUUUUUCCCCCCGUUGCAUUCUGGAAACCCACAUCCUGGCUCUUCCUUUGCCACUUUUCAUCGUCUGGGGUCUUGGGAAUAAGGCCUGGUUCCUCUCUACCCAGACUGACCCUGCCUGGAGAGGUCAGGACGGAACUACCUCAUUCAGCACAUCGGCCCCAAGUCAGAGUGUUGAGUCGUGUUUUUAUAUUUGGUCAGGCAUCUCCUGUCAGGUCUCUGGGCUGGAAACCUUCCUCCAACCCAGCCCUCGGCUGUUUCCUCAAGGAAGCUCCCGCCCCCACCCCCUCCCGGGCUCUUACUGGGGCUGGGUCGGUCCCCUGUGGGAGAUGGGUUGGGAUGGGUCUUUGCCACCCCCAGAGGGCUCCCCCUGCUUGUGCGUGGGGGGUGGGGGGGUGACUCUCCAACCCCCCCCCACCGGCAACCCCCAUGAGGCUUUCGCUCCCUCGUGGACACCGUGCGGACAUGGCAGAUGGUCCUGGCUUCCAGGCAGUGUCCUGUCACCUUGACCUCCGCUUCUGCACGUUCCAGAGCCCUGCUUGGUGCUGGUGCCCCCUUCCCCUUUUGCCACCCCCCCCACCGAAUUCCUGGGAAAGCCGGGUUGGUGCGUGACUUGGGAAGCUUUCAGCCCGUCCCAUUGGGUCCUCGUUCAUCAGUCUCUCCCUUUAUAGAAACACGGCAAACAACCUGGUGCAGCAUCUAACCCUGAGAAUUGGCUCCAGGGGACCCGUAGAAGUGCCCCCUGAAGGUGGGCGUGGUCACACGGCCAGCAGGGGGCAGAGUCUAGCCCAGAACCCGUGCCCUGAGAGCCCAUCUUUCUUAGUUCGUUUUUCCCUUCGAUUACUUUGGACGUGCAGGGUCCAUACCCCGCCCCCACCCCACCCCCCAACACACACAAGGUCACGAUUCUAAGAGCACAACUCGCUGGUCCCUGGGUCUCACGUGCCGGGAGUUGAUGACUUCAAGUCUUUCGGCCCCUCUUUCACUGAUUCAGAAUUACCGCCUCACAGCUUCUAGUAGAAAGAUGCUGAGUAUUCUAGAGCAAGCCAGACGUUGUCGCUUUUCUUCUUGAACUGUCCCCGACCCAGAAAGGCCAGCGUGAAAGCCUUCCCCAGCACGAGAGUGUGAGAAUGGGUGUGUCCCUGCCACGGAGGACCACAGCUUCCAGAUCUGGGGUUGGUGCCCAUGACACCAGCGACCAAUUUUAGGAUGUUAUUUCUGGGUUUCUCUAUUCAAAAUGGGUGCUAGCAGUCAUCGCUUUGUGGCUUAGUAAACUAAUUCGUGGGUGAUUUUCAAAUGUUCAAAGCCAGCAAGUAGCCUUGUUACUAACACAGAUAUUUUGAGUGCGAUACGUACGGCUCGUUGAUUUUGUUUUCUCCUUCCCGUGUGAGGAUUCUUGAGUCUUCCUUUGCUCCCUGGGACAGGGGGAGCUCUCUUGCCUUUUCCAGGGGAGCCUGGAUUGGGCCCCGUGUGGGCCGGUCUAUUUUCCGGAAUCAUUCUUCCCGCCCCCCCCCUCCCCCACGUUAGUACACACUUCUUUUCUUUGCUUUUCGUUGUCCUCUCCUCCUCCGUUCGUUGGGAAUUUAGAGAAGGCUGGGCAGUGCGCUGAGAUCUGGGGACAAGACCGGGCACGGGAUCUCUUCGUUUGUGUAGACUUAGACUUUUUUCACCGGGGCUCUUGCAAUUCGGCGACCUUGGCAUUCACACCCAAGUACUCUCUGCAGCAUUGAGGUUUCCUGAGAUCCUGUUAAUGCUGGUAGAUCCGCGUUCAUUCAUUCACUCGCUCACUCGUUCACUUAUCGAGCGAUACUGGGCAUGAGCCAGGAGGGGUGCUGGAAACGUAGCCGCAUGUGAGACCGGCACUCUCUCCCCAUCCCCUUUGUUCUCCACGCAGACAAGGGGCUCUUGAGAGGUCUUUCUGGACAGUGAGAGCAUUGCAUCUGUCCCACAUUCGACCCACCUGGAGCCUGUAAUGAGAACACAAACCACCGCCAGUGUGGGGUCCACCAUUGGAUGGCAGGUGGACAGGUGGACAGUCACAAGAGUGUAAUCACCUGGUCACCAGAGCUUGCAGCCCGUAUCCGACUGGGAUCUCAGAGAUCUCUCUUGUUUCUUGUAAAUAACUCUCCUCUCUUCACAAAGAGGAAUAACGAAGCCCAAGGCCGGCCAGCGAGCCCAGUGAUUGAAGAGCACGGUCUAUUCAUGGGGCUCCUGCCCUGGGGGGGGAACUGAGCUUAGGGUGAAGUCUAGAAUGUCCCAAAGCGAGCUUUGGGAGUAGCGUUCUGUCUCGUUGUUGCCGUUCUCUUUUGUUCUUGCGUUCGGGUUAGAAGAGGGUGUGGCCGGGCGUAUUCGGGAGUGUGUCUGGAAUGUUCCUGAGCACCUCCAUUGUUCUCUUUCUCGGAACAGGUGGGUCCUUCUCCCUGCCCCCCGGGAAACAUGGACGCACCUCGUUUGGUCAGUGAAAGCCAGAUCGUUGAGAAAAGAAAUGUAAGACAAAUGGUGUGCAGAGUAAGUCGGUUUCCACGACAGUGUCUGGGAGAAAUCUCUUGUUCCUUCUUUUUUUUUUUUUUUUUUUUUUUUCCUGUCGCCUUCAAUCACUAUUGCAAAGCACCGGCCAGCAGAGCCAUAGGGUAGCUGCGAUCAAGACCACGUUGGGUCUCCUUUCUACCCUCCACCCCCCUCCUGUCGAGCCAGGAGCAUUUCUGCAGUAGGAGGCCCCCCUCAUCGGGGCUGGUUAGCAACUGAAGCAGACGGGAACGCUGUGCAUGUGCACAAACCAGGGCUUUCUAAUCCCUUUGUGAGAACCAGUCGAUUACUGGAUGAGUGGAUGGGUGCAUGAACAUCUCGGGCUGAGCCAAACUCCCUUCUUGGAAACACAAGCCAUAAACUUCAAAGGACAGCAAAGACUUUGGCUCGUUUUAAGUGAUUUCGCUUCCAGCCGUGCGUGGCCUUGACAGGGAGAUCUUAAACAGGAUCCUGUGCUGGUGGUCGUGUAGACAGAGAAAGCACUUUAAAGAUGUGAAGUGAGGUACAGAUCUGCAUAUUCCCCCCCCCAACCCCCUCGCUCCUCCAAGACCUACUGCCUUUUCUUUUCUUCAGGUUUAUCGAGAGGUAUUUGACGUAACAGUAUCGGGGCUCAUUGAUGUGCAGUGAGAGUCCCCCCGGCCCGUGAGUUUUGACAAAUGCACCACCAAAAUCAACAUAAUAUUUCUAUCACUCCUGAAAAUUCCCUGUGGCUCCCUUACGGUCGAUCCACUCCUGUCCCCCUUCCCCCCACUCCCGCUGAUGGGUUUUCUGAUGCUAUGGUGUUUGCCUUGUCUAGAAUGUCGGGGAAACGGAGUUGCCGAUGGGGCCCUCGCGCCUUCUUCCUCUCGGCUUAAUGCUUUGGGUCACCCACGUGCGUGUGUCACCAGCGUGUCCCCUUGUCUCGCAGAGUAGCGCUCCGUUGCACGGGUGGGUGACCCACGGCAGCUUCCCCGCUUUUUGAAGCGAGUUGUUCGCGCCCGUGAGUGGUUUCCGGCCCGGGGUCUCCGGCUUGUUUGCACGGCUGCUUCCUGUGUCUCCCGAGGCUCCUUUUCCAGAUGCCAGCUGUGCCCACAGUGGUUCUUUGUGGUCCAUUUGAGGCUUUUGUGCAGAAAGGGGCCAGGGAAGAGGGGGGAAGGGGGCCUCCCACUUGUGUCACACUGUCGGCUGGCAAAUCCACGCACUCCCGGGGACCCUGGCUUCAACCCCCCGCCGUGGCCCCGGGGAAGGCACUGAGCAUUAGGGGGUGUGGAAAGCGAACGGACAAAGCGGGGGGUGAGAACUCGGGGCUGGCUCGUCAGCGGCCUUCCCCUGGAUCUGUGUCGCUUCCUUGGGCUGCAGGUGUCCGUUCUGGUCUCCCCAGGCUCCUCCAGCUACUUCGAACGCUGUCCCCUUCUUGUCUCCAGUCCCUCACCUGACACCCGGUCGUGCCUGGCCUGGGCCCCACGGGCGCCGUCGUGCACGCUGGGGUCUGGAACCUGCCCGAGAGGGGUACCCUGGCACUUCUCUGUGUAGACGCAAAGCAGAGCUAACAUUAAAGAGUUUCCUGAGCUGGUGAGAAUGAGGCAGUUCCUCCCGGGCCCCUGAAGGAAGCAGAAGUCAUUACCUUUUGGGUCUCGUCCGCCCAUCUUUGAUCGCGUGUGCUGAGGUCUUCGGGCGUGAAGAACGCGUCUCUUCCCGUGAGGUUCCUGUCACUGCCGGAGCCUCAUUCAGCUGGCGGUCACAUCGAGCCAGGCGUGUGCCUGCGGCCCGCUGGGUGGUGGCCAGUGGUGACGGAGUUAGGACCAAACCCCACUAACGCCGGGCAGGCUAUGGGCGUGACCCCCAAGGUAAUGACUCCACCAACCGUGUCUUGCUUAGGUCCUGCUCAGUGGAAGGUGAGCCCUUGAAGGCAACCAGGCACACACCCCCCCCCCCCCGCCCCCAGCAAACAGAAGACAUUCCUGGGUCCAGGCCAGGUGAAGGUGUUGGCCGUGGAGCCCAAGUCUGCAGGGUCCCAUGCUUCGUGGGCGCCUCUGGGUCGAGAUGUGCCAGGAAGGACUCCCAACAUCCCCCCCACCCCCGCGGGAGAAUUUUUUUUUGUGGACGGUGAAGGACCCAAUCCUGUUGCAACAGGCUUGGGUGGGAAUAAGACGGGUGACGACAACCGAUGGUUCGUUUUCCUUGACCCUUUAGAUGCUGGCGCGUGGCCCUGUCUGGAGCCUUUCUGUUGGGAGGGUUCUCUGACGGAGACGGGUGGCGGUGGCCUUCGGAUCUCUCUGUGUGCCGUUCCGGGGACAUUGAUCCUUGGUGUUUGAGAGACGUUUCUAGUAGGAUUGCAGUGGUGGAAUGCAAAAGGUCUGGGCUAGCAGGUGCCGUAAUGGGGACGGUGUGACGUGGGGACAGAGAAGGAAAGCAUAUGGCGUCAGGGCAAGAGCACUGGACUGGCCCCACUUUGCUGCCUCAUUCGUCCUGUAACCCAAAGUGAAGUCACAUUCCCUCCCGAGACUUCUGCACUCCCCUGUCAAGCGGAGACUGGCCCUUUCUGGCAUUGCACUCAGCAGACUGGCUCUUAGCAGCCACGUGGACCCAGGAACAGACAUAUAAAGGGACACCAGCCGUCCUUGGUGACGGGGGGUCCCAAAUUGGCAUCACUUCCCUUCCCUUCCUUUCCCUUCCCUUCCCUUCCCUUCCCUUCCCUUCCCUUCCCUUCGGAAGAGGAGAUGGGGGCCGGGGGCAGGGGCAGCCCUUUCACAGACGAGCACAUCAGCAAAGCCCGUGACAGUGGAAUUUUCUAACAAAAUAAACUUGCUUAUUUGGUCUGUUUUCUGUAACUUUUGCUAAAUACUUUAUACAUUUUUAAUGUUAAAAAGCUGCGUCUCCUGCCAGCAUUGCUCAUCCUGGUAUGAAUGUGUUUACCCCACAUUGUAUAUCCUUCCUUCCUCUGGCUGCCUAGAUCAGUAAAUAACAUCGAUGUACCAUAAUUUAUAAGUAACACUGUUGAAACUCUGAUCCCUAUGGAGGCUGUAACUCGCCCUUUCCUCCGGUCCCCCGGCUGCCCCCCGCCCCGUCCCCCGUAAUAGCAUUUGUGUGUAUUAAUGCUAAAGAACUAAUGUUUAAAGGGUUUAAAUUUUGAAGGCGUUUGCUAUAUAUAAUUGUUCUGCAUUAUUAUAAAGCGUUUUCAGGAAGUUAAA